UUUCUGCAAAUAACGAUGCAUCCAAACUCUGCGCCGGACAACAACAACACCACACUGCGCAUCUCAGUCAGCUGGGGAGGGCCUGAGAGUAGCAAGUCAAUAGUGUUAUCCCACUCAACUGUCAUGACUGCCCCUUACGGCUACAUGGGGGGCAUGAUGAAUGGCCCUCCUCCCAUGCCCCCAAUGCCCCCUGGGCCUCCCCCGUGCACCACCAUGGCUAACCCUGCACCCACCACAAGCCAAGGACCUCCUAACAUGGGUGGGAUGAUGGCUCCUCCCCCACCCCCAGGACCAGCAGGGCCUCCGGGACCACCUCCACCACCCCCAGGAGGCCCAGUCAUGCCGGCAGACUAUCCUAGUGGAGGGAUGAUGGGGCCAGGACCGAUGGGCAUGGCUCCUGGGAUGGGCCCCGGUCUUGCCCCAGCAAUGAUGGGGCCAAUGCAGCUGGCAGUGAACCCAGCGACCAAUGACGCCCCGCUUGAGUUCAACACCAACAAGAACAAGCCCCCCAUGCCAGUGUCUUCCAACAAUGGAGACAUGGUGGAGUCCAGCGUCCCGGAGACCAUCCUGGUGGAGGAGAGGAGAGACCGGGACCGGGACAGGGACCGAGACAGGGAUCGGGACCAUGGAAGGGAGCGGGACAGGGACAGAGAGAGAUCCCGAGGCAGAGACAGGGAUCGAGACAGAGAUCGGGAGAGAGACAGAGACAGGGACUCAGACAGAGACAGGGACCGAGACAGGGACCGGCCAGACCGAGACCGUGACCGUGAUCGCCGCCGCGACCGUCCCAGGAAGGACAGCAGUGGGGGCGGAAGCAGUGGACGGACCAGCGAGGACAGCCUGCCUGCAGGGAAUGGCAACACGGCGGUGCAGCCACUGGAGGCCACCAGCCAGGCUGGCUCUGGUUUUGGACCAAUGGGUCCUGGUCCAGGCCCUUGGGGACCUAUGUGGGGUCCAGCUGGAGGACCAAUGGGGCCCUUAGGACCUAUGGGACCAAUGGGAGGACCAAUGGGACCCAUGGGAGGACCUAUGGGCCCUAUGGGACCCAUGGGGCCAAUGGGGCCCAUGGCCCCUACUGAGGGGCCGCCAAUGGUGAGUUACGCAGGACAGAGUGGGGACUUCCGUAUCACCUGGGGCAUGUUUGGGUGGAUGAUGUCCCCUGAGGGCCUGACGGUGCCCAUGAAGAACCCACUACACUGCAAGACCUGCGUGCUGGUGCCACCCAACCGCCUGGCUCCACCCCCCACCACCCGGGAGCGACCUGGCUGCCGCACCAUAUUUGUUGGGGGACUGCCAGAGAAUGUGACUGAGGAGAUUGUACGGGAUGUGUUUGAGCGGUGCGGCGAGAUCACCACCAUUAGACUCAGCAAGAAAAACUUCUGCCACAUACGCUAUGAGCUGGAAGAGUUUGUGGACAACGCCAUCUUUCUGUCUGGUUACCGCAUGAGGAUCAACAACAGCACAGAGGCAGCGAACACAGGGAGACUCCAUGUUGAUUAUGCCCAGGCCAGGGAUGACCAGUAUGAGUGGGAGUGCAGACAAAGACAGUUGCAGAGGGAGCAGCGGCACCGUGAGCGCAUCGAAGCAGAGAGGCUGAGGCCCCCCUCCCCCCCGCCGGUGGUGCACUACUCUGAACACGAGGCGACCCUCAUAGCAGACCAGCUGAAAGCGGACGACAGCUUCUCCAAGGCCGCUCAGAUCCUCAUUACCUGGCUGGAGCGUGGGGACUGCAGCAAACGCAAUGCUGGGACCUUCUACAGCAUGAUCCAGUCCACCAACUCACACGUGCGGCGCCUCAUGACAGAGAAGGGCCAGUACGAGGAGGAGCUGGCCAAGUUUAGGGAACAGACACGCGCCAGGAUGCAGGGGGUCGUAAUGCAGUUCGGUCAGAUCGAGAGAGUCUUCGUCGCAGCAGGUCACCAGAAGGUCUGGGACCACUUCACCAAGGCACAGAGGCGCAACAUUGAGAUGUGGAAGAAGCAGGCGGAGGAGAUCAAGGAAAUUCAGCUGGAUGAGUCAGACAAGGAAGAUGCCGAGGAGAUGGAUGUGUCUGAUGAGGAGGACAUGGUGCAGCCACCCAGGAAGAAGAUGAGGCAGAAUGAAUACCUCAAGGAGGAGAAUGACAGCUUGCGGUGCCAGAUGGAGGCCUACAAGAAUGAGGUGGACCUGAUCAAGGCAGAUCUCAAGUCAGAGGUGAGCAUUCGGGACGACCAGAUUGAGGCCUUCAAGAAGACACUCCAAGGCAUGCAGCAGACACUAUCAGACAAUGCAGUGCGGAAACGACAAGAUGAUGCGAAGAUGGCAGAGCUGCAAGCCAAACUGAAGAAGCUGAGGGAGCAGAUUGGAGGAGGAAGUGAGGGAGGUGAAGAAGAAGGCAAGGAGGAGAUUGAUGAUCUCUCCUCCCUUCCUAAUGCUCCUCUUUCUGACAAAUCUGCCAGACUCAUUGGUCUGACUUCCACUUUCCUCCACAUACACCCAAAAGGUGCCAGUGUGGACUACAUUUGGUCUUUCAUUCAGCAGUUUGACAAGGAGAUCCGCCCAUCAGACAUAGAGGCCAUGCUCAACCAGUACCCAACAGUAUACAGGCAGAUCACUACGGGAGUCGGAGCAUGUUUGGAGCGCAAGUGGAUAUUCACAGGCUUUGAGACCACAGUGUAGGGUGCCUUGGAGUGUAGAUUUUUCCCCGAGUGAUGGCAGGAACAUGGUUAUCUGCCAGUGUCCAUAUAUGGGUGAGGUGAGGCUGUGGGAUGGGGAAGGGUAGUGAGGACUUGUCAUGUGUUCAGCCCAGUGUAACUGAAGCUGCCACUAAGCUCUGAUGGUGGUUGGUGAGUCCAUAGGUCAUAGUUAAGUUAAUGAAUCUGCAAAAACCUCUUGUCAGGGAUAACAAAAGUUGUCAUCAGGCUGCAGAGACAGUUGGUGUGUCCUAGAAUGUCCAGUUUAAAUCAUGGGAUCUACCAAGUCUCUACACUCUUGGUUGUUGUGAUGUCUUGACUUAAACUUUCAAGUCUUUCUGAAAUACUUACACCACAAGUGAGAUGAUAUGAUACUGAAAUGCCAGUAAGUAUGUGAUAGUGUCUGAGAGAGAUUAAAGAGUCAAAGUCAGCUGGGCAUCUUUUGUAUCUUGGCAGAUGUUAUGGUUCAUUUGAUAAGGAGCUGUCUGCCAUGUUUCUCCUUUCACUGCUUCGAUUCCUAGCCAUCCAUUUAUUAUAAACUAUAAGUAAAUUUCCCCUAAACAUGACUGUAUACCAUCACACAGGAAUGGAGUAGAAGGUGGAGAUGCAGAGGAUGUUUGCAUUGAGGAAGGGCUGCUCGAUAAACGGGAGGGUUGGGCUGUAAUCAGGGAUAGGAGAGAAUUACAUGGGGAUUACAACAGGGAUGGUUAGUCCAGGGAGUGAUAAGUGGGAAGUAAAACGGAUUGGGUGUAAUCAUGGGAAAAUGAGUGUUGUGAAACUAGUAGCUUAGUGUGGGAAAUGGUGGAAGGAAGGGAAGUGAUAUACUUUGAGUAAAAUGAGACAGGAUUUGUCUGUGAGAGAAUGAUUUAAGUAAGAGUUAGAAGAGCUCAGAGCACAGGAAGGAAGUGAUGGGGAGUGAUGAGUGAAGGAGUAGGGUGUAAUUGUUGUGGAGAAAUGUUAAAGGGAAUGAUGCAGAAAUACACAAGUGGUUGUAUUAGAGAAGGAAAUUUGAAUAAUAAAACUAGCAGUUGUAUCAGGAUCUUGAUGUGGAUAGGAAUAAAGGGAAGAAGAUUGAAAGCAGCUGCAGGAUGAAGGCUGAUUUAUAGAAGCAAAUACAAGUGCAACAUUUUUCUUUGGAUUUGUGUUACAGGACGUACAGGUUACAUAGUGGCACACAGAAGCUGCUGCAUUCCAAUCAAUCACUGCAGUGGUCUUACUGUGCUGAAACUUGUGCAAACUAGUAUUCAUUAUCAGUGUCAAAACAGUCCAACUAAAUGGUAUAUAUGAACCAAAUUGAGCAUAUCUAAUAUGCCUCUAAUGGUCUGUGGUUGCUAUGAAAGCUGAAUAAAUAGUAUUUGUUGAAAGUAGGAGUAUCUUGAUCUUGGCUACUGAAGAAUUGACAAAAAUUGGACUGGUUAUUGUAUGAGCAAAGAGAAAAUGAAGAGUUGGAAGUGAUUAUCCAUAGGAAGAAAGGAAAGAAUGAAGAACUAGACAACCAAGCAAAUGGAAAGGAAAAAAUUGCAUUAUGUUGGUGAGAAGUGAAGAAAGCUCAGUAAAUGGAGAGGAGAGUUUUAGUGAUUUAAAUGAGUUAAGGACCUGACAAGUACUGUAAGCCAGACUCCAUAAAAUAUACAAAGUAGCUUUUACUUCACCACAGAGGCACAAACUGAAGGUGUUAGUCCACUUACCACGAUAGCCUGGAAGGUUGUGUUCAUCGUGCUGCAUCGUGCAUUUCAUUGUCCAUAUUUAAUGUGUAAUUAGCUGUUUUUUGUAUUGACGUGUAAAUAUAGACGAAAGUAUAAUAAACACCCAAAUGAGGAAACAAAUUAUCUUUAAGCACCAUGUGUGUGUGUGUGUGUGUGUGUGUGUGUGUGUGUGUGUGUGUGUGACAAUUUAUUUUUCAUGUUUGGAUUUAGUGUCUUAUAAGUUAAGUUUAUAUUAAUGUCUAAAUACAGAGUUAAGUAUAUUAAAUAUCAAAAUGAGAAAA